AUGAACACUGCGCGCAAAACACGUGAGCUUUCCUACGAGGAGAAGUUGGAGGUCGUCGCACAGCUCCAUCAGUCCAUGUCUGGCGGAAAGGUGAACAAAUUCCUGCGAAACAGCCACAUGCCAUCAGCGAAGCCUGGUCGUGUUGGACGCAAACCAACCCACACGGAUGACGAGAUAACCGUCCUCAUCAGCGACGUACCCGAGGAGCAACGCUCAACCAUGCGUGAUAUCGCCGAGGUCACCGGACUGUCGUUGUCUGCCGUGUACCGCAGCUUUCGCAAAGGAACCCUGAAACGGCGUUCGUCUCGACUCAAGCCUCUGAUCACGGUGGCGAACAUGCUCGAACUCCGGCACUUCGAGUUUGACGACAUGUGGGACAUUGUUCACCUCGACGAAAAGUCGAUUAACGCCGACAAGGACCGACGUAAGGUGUACCUUGUGAAGGGCCCGACGAUCGCUGUCAUAAGCAAACGGUUUAUCCCCAAAGCGAUGUUUUUGGCCGCCGUGAUCGGCAUGUGGCCUUUUGUUGAGUACCGGCCUGCUGUCCGCAACUCGCGCAAUCGUCCAGAUGGUGCCACGGUGCCUACA